GACGUCACGCCCGUACCUGAGUUUCGGUGAGGGGAAAUGGGAAGGGCCAAGCCGAGCGAGAAAAAAAAACAAAAAAACAUCAGCUCUGUUCUCAGAGAUAAACUUUUUCUUUUCCUGUAGUUAUUCUCACACACCUUCUUCGUCGAAGUGAUUGUCGGUGAGGUUGUUUUUGUUUUUGGAGGGACUGUGCGGGAGUUUUUCUGCGGGACAGACACGCAGCGUUUCUCUUUCAGCUGUUUUUUUUUUUUGGGUCAGCAGGACGACGAGGAAAGAGGUCUCCAAACUUCCUGGUUCUCCACAGUCAGGAUGUCUGUCACCCCUCGUCGUGUCCGGCUGAAGCCCUGGCUGGUCGCUCAGGUGGACAGUGGACGGUACCCGGGUCUGGUGUGGAUUGACCGUGAGGCCAUGCGCUUCAGGAUCCCAUGGAAACACGCCACACGACACACACCCCAGCACGAGGACGAGGACACCAUAUUUAAGGCGUGGGCUGUGGAGACCGGGAAGUUCCAAGAGGGAGUUGAUGAACCUGAUCCUGCAAAGUGGAAAGCUCAGCUGCGAUGUGCCUUGAACAAAAGCAGAGAAUUCAACCUGGUCUACGAUGGCACCAAAGAGGUCCCCAUGAAUCCUUUAAAGAUCUAUGAUGUCUGUGAGAUCCCACAGCCUCCCAGUAACCAAGGGUCUUCAGAUGCUGGUUCUUUGACUCCGCAAUAUGAAGAAAUUGGCGAGGAAGAUAUUCCAGAUACACCAGAGUCUCUCCCUCCAUACCCAUCCAAUGGUGCCAGCCCCUCUCCUCUCAUUCUGUGGUCUCCCAUGGGCUCAGAGUCCUCCAUGCCAGGCAGUUGCCCCCCAUCAAAUGAGGUCUGGCCCAAAGAGGAGCCUGGUAAAAUCUGGCCUAAAGAGGAGCCUGUGGAUGUGGAGAUGCACCCCACACCCCUAAAUGACAUGCCUCCUGCUCCUCUGCCUGAUCCCUCGAUGCAUCCCCCUUCUCUACCUGACGCCCUGUUUGCCUCUCCAGAAACAUGGAUCAGUUCCCUCCCAAUGACAGACCUGGAGGUGCAGUUCCAAUACAGAGGGAAAGAGAUGUGUCCCACAGCGACCGUCAGUAACCCGCAGGGCUGCAGGCUGUUCUAUGGAGACCUCGGCCCCAUGGUCAACCAGGAGGAGCUGUUCGGGCCCGUGAAUCUGGAGCAGCUGCGCUUUCCGACCACAGAGCACAUUGCUAAUGAUAAGCAGAGGGUUUUCACUAGCCGCCUGCUGGAUGUGAUGGAUAGAGGUCUAAUCCUGGAGGUCAGCGGCCACGAUAUCUAUGCAGUCCGUCUCUGCCAGUGUAAGGUGUACUGGUCUGGACCCUGUGCUCCAAAUCCAACUUCACCGAAUCUUAUAGAGCGCCAGAGGAAGGUCAAACUGUUUUGCCUGGAGUCUUUUCUCAGUGGGGUGAUAGCCCAUCAGCGUGGGCAGACACCAAUCCCUCCACAGUUUGAAAUCAACCUGUGUUUUGGAGAGGAGUGGCCUGAUGGGAGGCCCAGAGAGAGGAAACUCAUCAUGGUUCAGGUUAUUCCAGUGGUGGCACGUAUGAUUACCGAGAUGUUUUCUGGAGACAACACACGAUCCUUCGACAGCGGAAGCGUUCGCCUGCAGAUUUCAAUCCCAGAUAUCAAAGACAACAUAGUGACCCACCUAAAGCAGCUGUACUGCCUGCUACAGACCCACCAGGGCCAGGACGGCUGGGCAUUGCCCCCUGGCCCAGGCCUGAAUAUCGUCCAGGCUCUGCAGGGACAGUGAAGCAGCCCACACUGUGAACUAACAUGUAUCCUAUAUAACUGUAUGUUUCACACUGAUACUGAGUUACCAACUGUUAGCAAAGAAGUACUUAUGUGUAAUCAUAUUUAGGAGUGUGCACAAUAUACUGUAGGAUUCAUAUGCUUUUCCCGUAGUUUAAAUGUGCUGUGAUGAUGUUUUUCUGUACAUAAAAGUAGUGUCUUUAAGCCUGCGUUACUUGACAUAAUGUGUGCAAGGACCAUUGACAGAUGGAGUGACUCCAUGGGCCAAAGUCCUGCUUGCUGCAUGGAAACAUUUAACAUAGUUAAUGAGUUACAGAAAUUGCCCUGUGCCUUGUUUAUCCAAAACGGGUCAGUGAUUGCCAAACUUUCCUAGAGUCAAGAAGCAGGACAGAAUGAUUUUUUUUAUCUCUUGACCUCCAUAUAAAAUGUUUUGAAGCAACACAUUUAGCGUGUGAUUUGUAUAUUUUGGAAAACAAAUAAGCAAAUGUGAACCAGAGCAAGCCUUCUUCCAUUAUGUCUUAAAUAGUCCAGCUCGACCAAGCUGUUUCAUCAUCCUGCGUGCACAUGUAAUUAGGUGUUUGAAUUCUUUUAACAAAUGUUUGACCAAAAAAACCCGUUUGACAGACGUAUCAGCUUUCUGGCCACCUGGCCUGCAGUUUUGUCUUCACUUGCUUUAUUAUUAUUUUUUUUUAUAGUUUGUGUUGUAGAAUGUUUUUGUAUUCACAUCUUUGAUUUUAAGCCAUUUAUUGUAUCCAGGCAGCCGUUUAAUAACAUUCAGCUAUAUGGAUCUGUUUUAAUAUGGAUGCCACUGCACUUUGGGGUGCUGAAUAAUGUUUUAUGCCUAGUUGAAUGUAAGUGCAUUUACCCUGUGAUUGUAUGUUUAUUUUAUCAAUAAAAAAUGCCAAAAUAA